AUGGGCUGCGCCUGCGCCAUCGUCCUCACCACCAUCGGCGCCUCCUACGGCACCGCCAAGUCCGCCGGCGCCAUCUUCGCCUGCGGCGUCCUCCGCCCGGAGCGCCUCAUGCAGAACACCCUCUGCGCCAUCAUGGCCCAGAUCCUCUCCAUCUACGGGCUCGUCGCCAGCGUCAUCAUGUCCAACUCCAUCACCGAGAAGAUGGCCGUCCACACCGGCUUCCUCCAGCUCGGCGCCGGCCUGUCCGUCGGCCUGUGCGGGCUCGCCGCCGGGUUCGCCAUCGGCAUUGUCGGUGAUGCUGGAGGUGAGUCUUCUUCACACUGGUUGUGUGGCUUCGGGUCAUCUGUCCUCCUGGGGAAGCUAACAUCUGUUUUCUAGUUCGUGCGAGCACCCAGCAGCCGAGGCUCUAUGUAGGAAUGGUCCUCAUCCUCAUUUUCGCCGAGGUCCUGGGUCUGUAUGGCGUUAUCGUCAGUAUUCUCAUGCUCACUCGGUCCACACUCGGUGUCACGGAAUGUCUUGUGUAG